AUGGGCUGGAAGGUGCUCAGCCUGAAGUGGAAAGUGUAUGUAUGUGAUGUGUCUGCUUUUCAUUUGAUUAGAUUUGAGAACUGGAUCGUUGUCCAACGUGGCCCACAUAUGCUACAAGCGGGCAUAGAAGAGCAGCAGAGUGUAGGCUAUUCUGAUAAUGGGAACUCAGGGAGCCUUUUAAAGGUGACUCUGGGGAGAGACACCACCAGGCUUGAACAAGAUGUGGUUGAGAGAACAGUAAGAUGGGAAGGAAAGGAGGAGCAGAAGAUGAUCCAACCAGUUGCCAAGGAAGCCAAGGAGAGCAAGACUGUAAAACCAACUCCCAGGUUGGAGGGAAUCAAGAAGACAACAGUGAAAACAGCCCCUACAGUGCAUGGAAACAAGGAGAAAACAACAGUGAGACCAGCCCCACAGGUAGAAGAAGCCAAGGAAAAGACAUCAGUGAAACCACUUUCCAGGGUGGAGGGAGACAAGGAGACAGCAACAGUGAAACCAUCCUCUGUGGUGAAGGGAGCUCAUGAAAGCAACAUGUCCAAAGACCAGACAAAGCCAAAAGAGCCUCCUGCAUCAGUGGGAACUGUAAGACCUGUUCCUCAGGUUGCUGCAGUGACAGAAAGGAAGAAACUGAGGGCUGCUGACUUCAAGUCUGAGCCACAGUGGGAUUUUGAGGACAAGUACCAGCUGGACAGCUCAUCCCCACCAUCGACCUGCUCUGAAUCAGUGAAGGCCAAAGCUGCCAAGUCUGACUGGCUGCGAGAUCUUUUCCUGCCCAACAUCACCCUCUUCACAGACAAGAGGUACUUCAAUGACAGCGAGUGGGAGCGCCUGGAGCAUUUUGCACCUCCAUAUGGCUUCAUGGAGCUGAAUUAUUCAUUGGUAAAGGAGGUCAUGUCACUGCUGCCACCUAAUCCCCACCAGCAGCUGCUCCUGGCCAACAAAAACAGCAGCACGCCAACAUGUAUCAGCUGUGCUGUUGUGGGCAAUGGAGGAAUACUGAAUAACUCUGGGAUGGGCCAGGAGAUUGACUCCCAUGACUAUGUCUUCAGGGUAAGUGGAGCUGUGAUCAAAGGUUACGAAAAAGAUGUGGGAACAAAAACCUCUUUUUAUGGAUUCACAGCCUUCUCCCUGGUGUCCUCUCUCCUGAUCUUGGGACACAAAGGGUUCAGCAACAUCCCACAGGAAAAGCAUGUCAGAUACAUUCACUUCCUAGAGGGAGCUAGAGACUAUGAGUGGCUGAGGGCUCUUCUGCAGAACACGGACAUCAGGAAAGGAUUCUUGAACGACUAUGGGAAAAGGCCCCGGGAGAGAUUCAAUCAAGAUUUCACAAUGGACAGAUAUCUGGUGGUUCACCCUGAUUUCCUCAGAUACAUGAAAAACAGGUUUUUAAAAUCUAAGAACCUGGAGAAGUCCUACUGGAGGCUGUACAGACCCACAACAGGGGCCUUCCUGCUGCUGACUGCCCUCCACCUCUGUGACAGGGUGAGUGCCUAUGGCUACAUCACCGAGGGGCACGAGAAGUACUCGGAUCACUACUAUGACACGGACCGGAAACGCUUGGUUUUCUACAUUAACCACGAUUUCAACCUGGAGAAGCAGGUGUGGAAAAAACUUCACGAUGAGAAUAUCAUGAAGCUUUACCAGAGAUCCUGA